GCGGUGUCACCGUGUUAUGGUUCCCCUCGUGUACGGGCGUUCACGUGAAGCGGCUUUCAUCUCAAUUUCUUUAUAGUUCGUUAAAAGAAAUAGUCAACAUGCAUUUAACUCAUGAAUUAGAGCUUUUUCCCGAGCACAGGGUGACUCAAGUGCUUUUUAAGGAGCUCAAAAAUGCCGCAGAAUUGAGACAGAGUGCGGUAGCGGGAAAAAUAAACGGUGCCUUGAUCAACCCAACGAUGCUGGUGGAUUCUUUCCAAGUGCUGGUGGCUGCCAACAAGGCUGUUAACUUACAGAAAAGUGGAAAAAUGAAGACAAGAAGUUUAUACUCAGAAAUAAUCUUCAACCUGUCACCAACUAAUAAUAUCUCAGAUGCGUUUAAAAGGUUUGGGAUCUCAGAUGGCGAUGACUCCGUCCUGGUGGUCCUGGUUCACAACGAAGAGGAGUCACAGUUUCUGUCAGAUAUCACAGCCAGGGUGAAGGGACGGCAGAUUCCAGUGGAGGAUGUUUCCUCGCUGUCAGACCAGGCAAAAAUCAAAAAGCUGUAUAAAGUCACUCCCCAGGAGGAGAAGUGCGGGACUCUGCUGGACGCAGUUGUAUGCAGGAUGGCCACCAAAGAUGUCAUGUAGCUACAACAGGAAAAAAGGGACCAGAACAGGACUUAAAAAAAAAAAAAAAAAACAAGGUUGCCUUUUUUCAUGUGAGAUGUGGAUUUUCUGCUGUAGAUGUUAUUCCACCACAUUGUAAAGUGCCAAAACUGCAAAUAUUGUCUUUUGUGCAUUCCACACAGACUCAAAUCAACGCUUUUAUCACAUUUUAAGUUCAUCUAGCUUAUUUUUCACACAUCUUUUCCGGGACUUUACGUGUCUUUUGUCCUACUUGUAUUUUCUAUACAACUGUUAGACUGACAGUUGUGGAAAAAGUUUGAGAGGUAGUUAGGGAAGUCACAACACUUUAUUUAGCAUCAGCUUCCCUCAGCAACUUUUCAUGCUUCUCAGUCCUUCCUAUAAACGUUUUCUGUUACAGUUAUUUUUUGUCUCUGUCAGUUGAUGGUGGGCUCCGAGUUUUCUGACAGCAGGGGACAGUGACGUAAAGCUGGUCUCAUGCCAGGAAUCUGUGAAUAAUGAAUCCAAAGAGCUCUGGGCCAAAAAUCAGCUAGCUCUCAAUCAGAUUUUAAAGAUAUAUCCGCAACCACAACACUGACAUGAAAGAUUCAGAUACGAGCCAAAUUUCAUUCAAACCUUGUCAGCCUCAGAAGAGAAUAUUAAAUACUGGUUGUCUUAAA